UACAGUACGCACGUACUCAAAGCGCCAGAGUGAAGUAUGAACAGAGACGCUGUCGUACUUUGACAGUACACAAAAAGGACCUACACUUAAACUUGCCAUGACUUUCCAAAGAAGUCCGUUUUGCGCUUUCGUCCUCCUUGCUUUGUUGUUUUUGUCUUUAACGCUUAUUGUGAAAAAGUGGCACUUUGGUCUCCAGGAGAACGAGCCUUUUGGUGAUGCUGCCCGCUCAGAUGGUUCUGCUCCACAGCGCGACACAUUGCGCCAACAACUUCAGGAAAGACAACAAGAACUUGUGCUCCUGGACAUCACUUUUGAAGACAUACAACAACAAGAAGGAUUUAAUGGGAAAAUUAGUUUGGAUAAUCCAACUGCAGCUGACAUUGGUUGUGAAGAACUUGGUGGCGUGAAAGCUGUUGACUUUCUUGGUUCAGGUUACACCAAAACAGUGUUAAAAGCAGCACUGCCAAACGGAUUAUUUGUGGCACUGAAAUCUGUAAACCAUCAAGGCACUGACAUGAGAUUAUGCUUGGAUGUUUUCCAAGAUUCCCAGGGAUGCCUUGAGCUGGUGUCGUUCAAGCUGAGGAAGGAGAUUGUGUUAUUGCAGAAACUUCAGCACCCUAAUAUUGUAGAGCUGAAAGGUCAAUGUCAGGACAGCGUCCUGGUUGGUGGCAUCACAGCAGUUCUGGAGCAGGGGAUGCCACUUCAGAUGAUCCAGCUCCUGCAGAGCCCCUGGGAAGAGCGCUUUCGGGUCUGUCUUGGUUUGGUGCGACUCCUUCAAUACCUGUCUGUCUCACCUCUGGGAUCAGUUGCCCUGCUGGAUUUCCAGCCUCGACAGUUUGUAAUGGUGUCUGGAGAACUCAAGUUAACAGACUUGGAUGAUGCAAGUAUUCAUGAACCGGUCUGUCAAGAGGACUCUGACUGCCUGCUGCAGUUUCCCCUCCGCAACUUCACCCUGCGAUGCUCCCCGUCCCAAACUUGCAAGGGUCUGAAUGAGAUGAGAAACCUCUACAAUGCCUACAGGUAUUUUUUCACCUACCUGCUGCCUCAUCAGGCUCCCCCGUUGCUGAAACCUCUUAUUCACCACAUAAUGAAUGCCACGGGAGAUUUGAAGCAAAGCAUUAAUGAAACCCUGAUUGCCUUCGAGAAGAUUUUACAUAUAUACAAGUCCGGACUGCACCUGGAGAACUUACCCACAUCAAUAACCAAAGAUUAUGCAGUCCUGAAAGGAAUGAGGAGUGUUGUGAAUGUUGAAUACCGAUGCUGGCCGUCGUACAGACAGCAGGGUUGUGUGUUGUCAGUUCACAGCGUCAGAGAAGCGGCGUUCAUCUGUAACUCUCAUACACACUGCACCAGCUUCUCUAUCAGCAGCCAAACUACAUGGACAGGUCGACUUCUUGCGUCUUUCAGAAGUGGCUUCAGCCAUCUGGUUCCAGAUGUGAACUCUGCGGUGUACAUGAGGCGGGUUAAAGCCUCAGGAGCCGUGCUUUGAGAAGGAGGAAAACGCCAAAAAAGCUGGCGGGGUGGGAGGAGGGAAUUGGAGACAAAUGAAUGUGUUAUAUUUAUAGGCAUCUUACUCAAUGGCCGUUUGAUCCUGCUGCCAAUGCUACACGCUGCCAAAGAGCAUUUAAAAGGAUUUCCCUUCAGGUAUAAUUAACCUGAAGGAGAAAGAAAAAAAAAAG